GAUGCAUUUGGACACAAGUCCAAUAUUAGUUUGGUGUUUGAUUUUAUGGAAACGGAUCUAGAGGUUAUUAUAAAGGAUACUAGUAUUGUGUUGACACAAUCCCACAUCAAGGCAUAUAUGCUGAUGACACUUCAAGGUUUAGAAUAUUUACAUCAGCACUGGAUUCUACACAGGGAUCUUAAACCAAAUAAUUUGUUGUUGGAUGAAAAUGGGGUUUUAAAAUUGGCUGACUUUGGCUUGGCGAAAUCUUUUGGAAGCCCAAAUAGAGUUUAUACACACCAGGUAGUAACAAGGUGGUACCGAGCCCCAGAACUAUUGUUUGGUGCUAGAAUGUAUGGUGUUGGUGUUGAUAUGUGGGCUGUUGGUUGUAUUUUAGCUGAAUUGCUCCUCAGGGUUCCUUUUUUGCCUGGAGACUCUGAUCUUGACCAGCUGACAAGGAUAUUUGAAACACUGGGCACUCCAACAGAAGAACAGUGGCCUGGGAUGACGAGUCUUCCAGAUUAUGUCACAUUUAAGUCUUUCCCUGGAAUGCCACUCCAACAUAUCUUCAGUGCAGCUGGUGAUGAUUUGCUCAAUCUUCUGCAAGGCUUAUUCACAUUUAAUCCUUGCACUAGGGUUACGGCUACUCAGGCAUUGAAACAGAAGUAUUUCAGUAACCGACCAGGACCUACUCCAGGAAAUCAGCUGCCAAGACCCAACUGUCCUGCAGAAGCUGUAAAGGAGCAACAAAAUGCACUUUUAAAUUUAAAAAGGAAAAGAACAGAAGGAAUAGAUCAAGAUACCAGGAUUACUUGUGGUGGCAUGGAGAACAAGGACUGCUAGCUAUCACAUCCUCAUCUUGUCUCCCUGGUUCUUGAUUGGUGCCAACGCUGCGUGAUCCCUGCAGCCUUUCUGUUUUGACAAAGAAGGCUCAGGGCCAGAUUGAGUUGUAACAUACAGUAGUUGCUUUGCAUUUGUGGUAUGCUCUUAUCCAUGGUGUGGCUUUGAUGCUGUCAGCACUCCAGGCAGCACUGCCAGUUCUUUGCUUUUACCUGUGUUUGUUCUUGGCUUUUGUGACUGUUCUUGGUCUCUUGACUUACUGCACGUACACUGCUCGCUUAACUCCUACUCAGUCAUUUCUUCUGGUGCACAAAUGUUUAUGCUCCAUGUGCUCCAAUGUAAUGAUUCCUUUACAGAGCAGUUUUCACCUGUGACCUUUUAAUACUCGUUUGCUUCUCUGAGAGAAGGGCGGGAUCAUUACAAAAAAGGCUAUAGUUAGGCCUGCUUUUCUUUGAAUCCCUCUGUUCCCCCUUGCAUUUCAUACUCGGUUAUGUCAGCUUCAUCUCUGAGGUAAGGUAUUCUCUCCACAUGGCUGUAAUAAAAUCACAGGAUAAAACAGGGAUAGGUCUGGAUGUAGCUGGUCAGGCUGAGAUAGAGAAACUUCUCAGAGAGGUAAACUGAGUGCUUUGAACACUUUUGGCAGGGUGUGUUUUGACAUAACACUUUGCUGAUAUCCAGUAGUGUGAGGGGCUGGGGAAAAGACAUGCAUGGCUGCAGUCUCUUUUUGGCUCCAAAAUACAGCACUGCCUAGGAGAACCUUCUGUU